CAUUUUAUUGCACGCAUUUCGUCAAAGCAACAAACAAAGUUCGCAAAAAAAUUUUCGACACAACAACAAACACAUGAAAGUCUUGUUGCCACGCUCGCGCAGUCGGGACAAGGCAACAACAAACACAUGAAAGUGUUAUCGCUAUUGUCUCGCACAGACGAGACAAAAAAAAAAAUUCGAAAAAUUGUUUGUGUAAUUUGCAUUGGCUUAUGGAAGGAGCGCGUAUAUAUACACGCAUUUGCUCUUCCUAUACUGAAGAUCUAUUUCAAAACAAAUGUUGUCAGUUUCAGUUCAGUUUCUAAUCAUCUAUCAUUCCCGGCAAAACAAAGCAAAUUAAUAUGAAAAUUUGCUUAAUAUUAACUGUUUUAUCGUUCAUUCAAUGGCUAGAAGCCUAUAAUCCUGUCAACGCUGAUUUAUCGGUUGAUAUAAGUGAAGGAAAUAUAAUAUUCAAACUUUUAGAUGGUAGCAAAGUCAAAUCGGCUCACAUCGUCAUAGAAGACUGCCCCAAUUGUCAACCUGGUUAUUUUGUUCGACCCAGUGAAAGUGUAUCCAUUGAUAUAAACAAGCUUUCGAAGCCUGACGUAGUUAAAAUACGUGGAAUUUAUGAGACAUCAGAUCAAGUGACAACUAAAAUAUCAGAAUAUAAAAUCGGAAAGCAAGAAACUGUUUCAGUUACAGAUAGCUCAGAUUGCUGUGUUCAAUCAGAAACAAUUGUUAACGGAGAAUCGCAAAAAUGCUCUGGUACUGAGAUAUUUGCUGAAGACUUCACAGAUGACAAACUGUCUCAAUUUUCUUAUGACGUUCGUUCCAUGAUAGGCUUAGAUGAACCGGAGAUGGUUGCAUAUGUGAAAGAUAAGGAGAAUGUCAAUGUGGAAAACGGAUUAUUAUAUAUAAACAUAACCCAAUUUACGAACAAAAAAUCUUUGAAGGAUUGUACUAGUAAAAUAACUAAGCCCAUUAAUCCGUGUGGACCCUUCAAAAACCUUGUACCCAAAUUUAAAUCUGGACGAUUAUAUAGCACAUUUUCCUUUAAGUAUGGUCGCAUUCAUAUGCGUUUGAAGCUGCCGCGUGCAGACUUUGUAUUUCCAUAUUUGAUUCUGCAACCCGCAAACACAAAUUUUGAUACGCCAUUUGUAGAUCAUAUACGACUUGCAUAUAAUCAUGGUAACGAAGUCCUACAGGAUCGAGACAAUCGCAAUAUGCACCGAAAUAUUGUUUUCUCUAGUGUUAUAACUCAUGAAACUGAUGCCCCUAAUGUUUUCCAACGCUUAAAACAGGAUAAAACUUAUCAGAAGUACAAAGUGUCUAAGCUGUGCGACAACAGUAACGAAUUCCACGACUACACCAUAAUAUGGCAUAAGAACAAAAUGAUCUUUAAAAUCGAUGACAAAGAAUACGGUAGAAUAACUGAUAAGCAAAUUAUGGAUAAAAUCAAUAAGAACGAGCAUUUCCUUGUAUUGGCACUGACCGUGGGUGGAGACUUAAAUUUUAAUGAUGGCGAAAUUCUUAGAGCACAUAAGGAAGCCAUUUUUUCAAACAGUGAGCCGAAUCAUCACAUUAAGUUUUUUGAAGCAAUACAUUUGUGGAAGGAUUGGAAAGAUCCAAGUCUAGUAAUUGAUUAUAUACGCAUUUUUACAACUAACGAAAGUGAGGAAUGAUUUAAUAAAAUAUACAUGAACAUACAGGCUUAUGUGAGCAACUAGAA